AUGAGGAGUGAACAUGAAAAGCAACAAAAGGUAGUUGCUGAUGAUGUUGAAACUCUCAACAUUAUUCAAACUGAACCAACAAUGACAUCUUUUUCAACGCAGACGAGCAUAACAGAAAGCAGAUCUGCAGGCACACAGUGGAUAGAUCCCACACUACAUGAGCAUGAAUACGCUAGGCCGUGCAUUUCAGUAGCCAGGGAUACAGGAACACAGACGAAACCCAGUGAGAGACAAAGGAAUCUUGCCAAUCGAUUUGGAAUAUCCGAGUCUUAUGUGUGCACAAUUUUCAAUCAAAGAUUCUCUUUUAUGGCUUCAAAACUGAAAAACUUAAUUGUUUGGCUUCCACAUGAAACAAUCAAAGCCGCCAUGCCAAAAUCUUUUCGUGAGAACUAUCCGAAAACGACAGUCAUAAUUGAUUGCGCUGAAACUUUCAUCCAACGAGCAAAACACUUGAAGACAAGAGGAGAAACAUACAGCCACUACAAGUCCAACAACACAGGAAAGAAUUUGGUUGGUAUUGCACCACAUGGACAGAUUACGAUUAUAUCUAAAGGCUUUGGAGGAAGAUCUAGUGAUAAAGCAAUUCUGGAAGAGUCUGACAUUCUAAAUUACCUUCUUCCUGGGGAUGAAAUUAUGGCGGAUCGAGGUUUUACCAUUGAUGACUUACUCUUUCUCUUGAAAGUGAAACUUAAUAUUCCAGCUUUUACGAAAGGUAAAGACCAACUUUCAGAAGAGGAUGUAACAGAGACAAGACGAAUUGCCACUGUACGGAUUCAUGUGGAACGGGCUAUUAGACGUUUAAAAGUGUUCUGCAUACUUAGUCAGGUAGUUCCCGUUACCUCUGUUAAGAAACUCAGUGACUACUUGAUUGUUUGUGCUGCAUUGGUUAAUCUGAGAUCUAACCUUAUCAAAGAUAAAGAUGAUAACUGA